AUUACUAAGCAGAUUGCUGGUUCUCUAUAAAUAGGCUUGGAAGUCAACUUUAGAUUAGUUUGGAUUAUAGAAGUGAAAGUCAAGAGAAGUGAAAAUAUCAUUCUGAUUAUUGCAAAAUGAAGUGUCAACAGAUGCUUUUAUUAUUUUCGGCAAUUGUUGCCUGUGUAAUGUCAUGCGAGGUACCAUGUACCAGAGAAAUGGAACCUGUUUGCGGUACUGACGGAGAAAGUUUCGUUGCUUUUAGUAACGAAUGCAUGAUGAAAAAUCAAAAAUGCAAGGAUGGAAAAACUUGGACCAAAUCUGACAUUAGGUCCUGCGGGCUAUAUGAUUCACGGGUCGAGGAAGCAGCAGAUGAAGCAUGUCCAAAGCAAUGCUUAAUGAUGAUCGUAUUCCCUGUUUGCGGAUAUAAUGGAGAAAGCUAUAAAAUCUUCGAAAACCCUUGUGAAAUGAAAAAGGAGAAUUGUCUUCUUCCCAAAAAUCAAAUUUACAACUCUGCUCCUCUAAGUACGUGCAGACAGGCAAUUGCCUCAAACCAAAGUCGAUCGGCGGAUCUGAAUUGUCCUUUAAUAUGUCCAGCUAAUUAUGAACCUACGUGUGGAUCAGAUGGAAAGAACUACAAACUCUUCGGUAAUAAGUGCACAAUGGGGGUAUACAAUUGCAUAAGAUCUGAAACUACGUUAGUGGCAGUAACCUUGUCCUGUGAGACCCCUUGCACGAGGGAAUUAACACCUGUUUGCGGAAGUGACGGAGUUAAUUUCCAGGUUUUUAACAAUGAAUGUUUGAUGGAGAAUGAAAACUGCAAGGGUACUUCAAAGUGGGCGAAAACUAACCUGAGGUCAUGCUUAGGGUUCCGUAGUGAUGAUCCAGUACCUCUAGCAUGUGUUAGAAUGUGUCCCAUGCUUGUCAUGCCCGUUUGCGGUUAUAAUGGAAAAGAAUACAGAAUAUUUGGGAAUAGUUGUUUGUUUGGAAUUGAAAACUGUCUCCUUCAAGGAGUCGGAGAAUAUGAAAAUGUUCCAAUGGAAAAAUGCACAUUAUCGGAAAGUAUAGAGCCGCAAUCGGAUUGCUCUCAAAUUGAGUUGGGUUUGAUGGUCAUGAUCACAAAAUCUUCGGCAAUAAAUGCAUGAUGGGAGUUUACAGUUGUCAGAGAUCGGAAAAUUGGCGGAUAGUUCCUAUAGCAGAAUGCCCUGCUAGUGCCUACUGAGCUAUUAUUGGAAAUAAACUUGAUUAUAUGUCUUAUUCCUUCUAAAUUAGAAUUAUAUAAAUUGGGCUAAGAACAAAUAAUAAUUAUUUCAAUGUAAAAAUAUAUUUAAACCAAUAAAAAUAACCACUUCGGAAA